AUGACGGAUCAUUCGGAAACUCAACAACCUUCCCGAACUAAUGCUGAUCUCACGGCCGCAAAUGCCGCACUCUUGGCAGAGAAUCAGCGGAUGGCAGAACUGUUGGCGGAGAUGCAAAACAAUGGAGAUCGGAAGGUCGAUAGUAAAAGAACAAACGCUACACAGCAUGAAGAGCAUCAGUCAGAGUCCAAUGCUAAGACAGGGGAAACCCCUCCCAAGACAGAAAGGCGACGAGCUAACCCAUUCUCCGAGGAGAUAAUGAGCUAUAAAAUGCCCCAGAACUUUACACUCCCGAUGACCCUGACGUCGUAUAAGGGGAUAGGGGACCCAAAAGUCCAUGUCACCAAGUUCGACUCUAUGAUGUUUCUCAACAGUGAUUGUGAUCCCAUUCUAUGCCGAUCCUUUCCCACUUUUCUAGAUGGAGCUGCCUUACUGUGGUUCUCUAAUCUGCCUGCAAGGUCCAUCACCAGCUUUGAUGAAUUCGCCAAGAUGUUUAUCAAUCACUUCGCAGCAUCAAAAAUCUAUGUAAGAGACCCGAAUUAUCUCAGCACAAUCAAACAAGGCCCGCAUGAAAGCAUCAAGGAUUACAUGACGCGUUUCACCACAGCAGCUAUGGAAAUCCCCGACUUAAACCCAGAAGUACAAUUGCAUGCUAUCAAAAGUGGCCUCCGACCAGGAAAGUUUCAGGAAGCCAUAGCUGUGGCCAAGCCAAAGACACUAGAGGAAUUCCGAGACAAAGCCACGGGACAGAUUGAAAUAGAGGAACUGCAUGAGACGCAAAGGAAUGAAAGACCACCAUCAUGA